CUGUGAAGAGGGAUGCCUGUGUUUUUAUAGUAUCGUGGAGAAGGUGGAGGGUUAGGAGGAGCCUGUCAGCCUGUCACAGAUCGAAAGCCCGUUUUUAAGAGUGAACGUGAGGCGAAGUGUUUCCACGCGUGGAGACGCUCAACAUCGGAAGUUUUCACAGAUGGACACUUUCAACCCGUCGUGCUGUUUACUGAAAGUUUAUUCCCGUGGAUGUGAAAGAGAACAGAGCACUGAGCGAAACUCUUUUGAAAAGAGCGUGUUUUGACAUCCAUUAUUGAUUGUUCGGAUUAAUCGCGCGGGCUGACUGUCUUUCAAAGUAGGCUACUUCGUUUACAUUUAGACGCUUUGGAUACAUUUAAAACUGAAUCACAUUUGAUUUGUUCAAAGUCAAAUCAAAUAAAGCAUGACAAUGAAGAUUUCCAAAAGGAACAUCUUUUUUUCUUCAAAACAUCUGGGCAUUCAUUGUCAAUUACUGUAUGAUGGAGCAUGAAUCGACUUUUCCUCUUCAAAAUUCAUAAAAAAUGACUAAUUUCUGUUACAAACAAAACAAGGCAAAUACCAUAUGCAUGGCAUUGGAUGUACUAACCAUUUUAAGACUUUAAUGAGGUUAUUAAAAUGGCCCAGUGCGAGAAGAUCAUGAUUGUACUUUUCCAGCUUAUGAUUGCUGGAUCUACACUGGAGAUCGGAGCGUAUGAUUUGGAACGUGGUCGUCCGGAAAAAUGUGAACCCAUCACCAUUCCCAUGUGCCAGGGGAUCGGCUACAACAUGACACGGAUGCCCAACUUAAUGAAUUAUGAAAGCCAAGAGGAAGCUAGCAUUAAACUGAAUGAAUUCGCCCCUCUGGUGGAGUACGGGUGUGAUGUCCACCUGCGAUUUUUCCUGUGCUCUCUGUAUGUGCCGAUGUGUGCUGAUCAGGUGUCCAACACUAUCCCAGCAUGCCGUCCUAUGUGUGAACAGGCAAGACAGAGGUGCUCACCUAUAAUGGAACAAUUCAAUUUCGGCUGGCCGGACUCAUUGGAUUGCUCAAAGCUGCCAACCAAAAACGACCCGAAUGCAUUGUGCAUUGAAGCUCCCGAAAGUGACACUCAACCUGAGACUAAGAAAGGUGAGGGAAUGCUGCCAGUAAUUCCGAGGUCCAGGGAACCCACUACAGGGAGAGGACCUGCCUCAAGUGUCUCGCGGUCCUGUGAUAACCCGGAGAAGUUCCAAUAUGUGGACAAAAGUGAGUCUUGUGCGCCUCGUUGCACUCCAACGGUGGAUGUCUACUGGUCUAGGCAAGAUAAAGACUUUGCGUUCAUUUGGAUGGUGGUGUGGUCGACGCUUUGCUUUCUUUCUACAGCAUUCACAGUUCUCACCUUUCUCCUCGACCCCCAACGCUUCCAGUACCCCGAGCGUCCCAUCAUCUUCCUCUCCAUGUGUUACAACAUCUACUCGGUGGCUUUCAUCAUCCGCUCGGUGGCUGGGGCUGAGAAUAUUGCCUGCGAUCGGGAAAACGGAGAGCUCUACAUUAUCCGGGAGGGUUUGGAGAGCACAGGCUGCACCAUAGUGUUCCUCAUCCUCUAUUACUUUGGCAUGGCCAGUUCCAUCUGGUGGGUCACCCUCACCCUCACCUGGUUUCUCGCAGCGGGACGAAAGUGGGGCCACGAGGCUAUUGAGGCACACAGUAGCUACUUCCAUAUGGCCGCCUGGGGUAUUCCCGCACUGAAGACCAUAGUCAUCCUCACUAUGAGGAAGGUGACUGGGGACGAGUUGACGGGGUUGUGUUACGUGGGCAGCAUGGACAGUAAUGCUCUCACUGGCUUUGUGUUGAUCCCUCUAUCCUGUUAUCUCAUUGUUGGGACUUCUUUCAUCCUGACGGGGUUCGUUGCACUCUUUCACAUCCGGAAAAUCAUGAAGACUGGUGGCACCAACACAGAAAAACUGGAGAAGCUCAUGGUUAAGAUUGGAGUCUUUUCCAUUCUCUACACGGUGCCCGCUACUAUUGUCAUCAUAUGCUAUUUCUAUGAAAGGCUCAAUAUGGAAUACUGGAAGUUCAAAGCUCUGGAAAACAAGUGUGUGGCCUUUCCUGGUCGCAGGAGCGAGGAUUGCACCCUGGACUCGUCGGUUCCUACAGUAGCUGUGUUCAUGCUGAAAAUCUUCAUGUCAUUAGUGGUGGGCAUCACUAGUGGGGUUUGGGUAUGGAGCUCAAAGACACUUCAGACCUGGCAAGGGUUGUGCAACAGAAGGUUGGCUGGGCAAACGAACCGCAAGCCCUGCUCCGGUGUCAGCUGCAGCAGCUCCCACUGUCAUUACAAAGCACCAGCUGUGACACUUCACAUGAAUAAAUCGGACGAGUACACAGACAGUCCCACACAUGUUUGAGAAUAAAAAACCUCUUCUUUGGAGCCAUGCACAGACUUAUGAGGCUCAUAUUGUGAUGAAAUGCUCAGGUUCGACUACAGAUAUGGUAAAGGUCACAUUUGUCACGGGUGGCAUUUAAAAUAGCUAAAAGGUUUGUUGCAUGGAAUGAAUGCAGCGAAUUUCAGAAUGCCUUAUUUAUUGUGGGUAUUUAAGUAUUGCUGGUUGUAUAAUUUUGUACUGUAUGUACUAUAUUGUACAUAAGGAAGCGUUUUAAAUACUUUUACAGUAUGUUACAUUUUCUUCCUCAAA